AUGUCAUCUACAACGGAAAUUGAAACGCUUCUAAAGAAGGCUGUCACCCUUCUACAAUCUUCACAUGGCAGUUCGGCAGCAGAGUUACGAUUAUUACUUGACGAGGAGAUCAAAAAACGUUAUGGAGCGGACAAGACCCUAACAAAUAACAUGAGUAAAAAACAACUGGAAGAUGAGGCUAACUUCCCCGGCCGAGCAGUAACACCACCCCCACAACCUGUUGAAGCGGAGGAAGUUAUUAAUCUUGUUAAUUCACCGGCCAAAACAAUAUCCGAUUCUCCGGAUACUAUUGCCGAUUCAGAUGAUGCAGUUAGCGGUGUAGGUGCCGGUGGUGGUGGUAUGCUUUCAACCACGGCGGAGGAUGAGGCCAAUCUAAAAGAAUUUGGUGAUUUAAAUUGUUGUGUCUGUGGCGAAAUGAUGUUCACGGCCACAAAUCGUCUAAUUGAAUGUUCACGUUGCGGAGCCCUUUACCACCAGGAAUGCCACAAACCUCCCAUAACAGACGAAGAAGCAUCUGAAGAUCAAGGCCACAAUUGGGUUUGUGAUAAUUGUGCAACUAAACCCACCUCCAGUAAAACUAGCAGCCAAGUGGUUGUUAUACCCGAUGAACCUAUGCCGCUAAUUGCAACCUCCGUGGCAUCGAUUAAAUCCAAAUCAUCAGCAACAUCUUCACGCUCCUCGUCAUCUUCGAAUUCCUCUUCUCCAUUUUAUAAAAUGGAACAAGCCACCGCUACUGCUACGGGAAAAAGUUCUUCAAAAAGUCACAGCAAAGAAGAGCGAUCUUCUGCUGUGCCUAGCAAUUGUAAAGUAUCAUCGUCAUCACUCAAUGCCCCCAGUUCAUCGUCUUCUUCAUCAUCGUCCAAAAAACAUUCCUCCUCAUCAUCGUCAUCAUCCAGUAAAAAUAAAUCAUCGUCUUCGAAGCAUCAUCAUGAGAGUAAACGGAAAUCGAGUAAAUAA